AUGAGCCCGGAAAAGCAUCAAGAGGAAGAGGAUGAAGUUGACUGCGUCCUCCUUUCGGCAUCCAAGGUCCUCAGUUCCUCUGAGGGGGUAAAGGAAAGUGGUGGCGGUGAAACAGAAUAUGGCUCCAUCUCAGAAUCAGAAAAUCAAAUCCAACCACAAUCAGCAUUGAAAGCCCUUCAGCAUCAAUUAGAAUCAUUUCAGGCUCUCCGAAUACAGACUUUGCAGAAUGUUAGCAUGGUACAGUCUGAAAUCAGUGAAAUAUUGAACAAAAGUAUUAUUGAAGUAGAAAACCCACAAUUUAGCUCAGAAAAAAAUCCAGUAUUCAGCCCACAAGUUGAACAGGCUUUGCCUAUAGAGAAUCAAGAAGAAAUCCUUUCUAUGGAGAAAAUUCAUCAUUUUGAGGAUCCCAGGAGUCUUCAUUCAAUGGAAGAAAAAUUCAGUAGUAAUAGUGUUAACAGUCUCUCUCAAGGUAUAAAUACUGCAUCCCAGAUACAUUUCAAGGACAUAUUAACUCGAAGAACCUCAACAGAUAAUUCCGCUCCAAAUACAAUUAUGAACCCUUCAGAACAUUCUGACAUAUUGAAGAAUUACAAUAACCUUUAUAGUUUUCUACCUAACACACCUCAAAAUAUGAUGUCUCAAGCUGAUACAGUAAUUCUGGAUAAAUCCAAAAUUACAAUGCCUUUUCUCAAGCAUGGAUUUUGUGAAAAUUUAGAUGAUAUUUGCCUUUCUAUCAAACAAAUGAAGGAGGAGCUUCAAAAGUCACAUGAUAGGGAACUGGCACUUACAAAUGAACUUCAAACUUUAAAAACUGAUACAAAUGUUCCAAGUAAUGGUAAAUAUGACCUGUCCCCCAUUCACAAGGAAAAAAUUAACUUUAUUAAGGAAGAAAAUAUAGAAAGCAACUUAAAUGAAGAUAUAAAAUCAAAGAGAAUUUCAGAAUUAGAGGCAUUAGUAAACAAAUUACUCCCACUCAGGGAAACAGUGUCAAAAUUCCAUGUGAGUUUUUGUAGGAAAUGUAAAAAAUUAUAUAAGAGUGAAAUACACAGGGGAAAGAAGAAUGAGAAAAACAAUAAAGAAAUUCCUAUCGCUGGCAAGAAUAUUACAGAUUUAAAGUUCCAUUCCAGAGUUCCAAGACAUACACUGUCAUUCUUUGACCCAACAAAAUAUGAAAUGAAAGACAAAGAAAGGCAACCAUUUGUAGUAAAACAAGGAUCAAUAAUAUUCGAAAAUGAGAAAACAUCCAAAGUCAAUUCUGUUACUGAGCAGUGUGUUGCAAAAAUUCAGUACUUACAGAAUUACCUAAAAGAAUCUAUGCAGAUACAGAAAAAAGUAACAGAACUGGAGAACGAAAAUCUAACCCUUAAGACCAAAAUAAAACCUCUAGUCUUUACCACACAAUCUCUGAUACAGAAAAUUGAAAUAUAUGAAAAGCAACUUAAGAAUUUGGUUGAAGAAAAGAACACUAUUCAGUCCAAGUUAAUUAAAACAGAAGAAGAUGGUAAAGAAUGUCUUAAAGAAUUGAAAAAACUAGUUAGUAAAUAUAAUGUUCUCCAAGGACAAAAUAAAACUCUAGAGGAAAAAAACAGUCAACUUUCUUUGGAGAAGCAACAAAUGAUAGAAACAUUAGAUCAACUAAAAAGUAAGGAACACAAAACUCAAAAUGAUAUGGCCAUUGUCAAUAAUGAAAAUAAUCGAAUGAGUAUAGAAAUGGAAUCAAUGAAAACAAAUAUUCUGUUAAUACAAGAUGAAAAGGAAAUGUUAGAGAAAAAAACACACCAACUUCUAAAGGAAAAAAUCUCACUUGAAAAUGAACUAAAAGAAAACCAGCUAGAGAUAAUGCAGCUAAAAGAGAAAGAAAGAUUGGCAAAAACUGAACAAGAGACACUUCUUCAAAUAAUAGAAACAGUUAAAGACGAAAAACUUAAUCUUGAAACAACAUUACAAGAAUCUACUGCUGCUAGACAAAUGAUGGAAAGAGAAAUUGAGAAUAUUCAAACAUACCAAUCUACUGCAGAAGAGAAUUUUCUAAAAGAAAUACAAAAUGCAAAAUCAGAAGCAAGUAUUUAUAAGAAUAGCUUGUCAGAAAUGGGCAAUGAAUGUGAAAUGUUAUCAAAAAUGGUAAUGGAAAUUAAAACAGAUAAUCAGAUUCUAAAAGAAGAACUAAAAAAACAUAGUCAAGAAAACAUAAAAUUUGAAAACAGCAUCAGCAGACUUGCGGAAGACAAAAUACUUUUAGAAAACUACGUAAGAAGUAUAGAAAAUGAAAGGGAUACUUUGGAAUUUGAGAUGCGGAAUCUUCAAAGAGAAUAUUUAAAUCUAAGUGAAAAAAUGUGUAGUCAGCAUAAUGACCUAUCAAAAAUGGGUUACAUUUCAAGAAGAGAGAAAUUCCAUUUUGACAACUAUGAGAUUCAUGAAGACACCUCUAGUCCUAGGAGUAGACCCUUAGCUCCUGAUUUGAAAGGAAUUCCAGGCAAACUGUAUCAACUGCUUCCAUCCAAGAUAUGUAAAUAA